UGGAGUCAUUCGCGCGUUCUUUUGUGAGGGAGGAAGGAGACCGUGUUCAGCCGCACAUCGUGACAGCGAGGAGACCCUGAACGUGUAGCCGGAGAGCUGCUAAUUUCUUGGGAGACGAGUAACACCACACCGUGCCAGUAUGCAUGUGAUCAAGCGAGAUGGACGCCAAGAGCGCGUCAUGUUCGAUAAAAUCACCUCUCGUAUCCAGAAGCUUUGCUAUGGACUGAACUCUGACUUUGUGGACCCGGCCCAGAUCACCAUGAAGGUGAUUCAGGGUUUGUACAGCGGAGUCACCACCGUGGAGCUCGACACGCUGGCAGCUGAGAUCGCUGCCACUCUCACAACCAAACACCCCGACUACGCCAUCCUCGCUGCACGAAUCGCCGUUUCCAACCUGCACAAAGAGACGAAGAAAGUGUUCAGUGAGGUGAUGGAGGACCUGUUCAACUACAUCAACCCUCUGAAUAAAAAACACUCCCCCAUGAUCUCCAAGGAGACCCUCGACAUUGUUCUUGAGAACAAAGACCGCCUCAACUCGGCCAUCAUUUACGACAGAGAUUUCUCCUACAACUUCUUUGGCUUCAAGACUCUGGAGCGGUCGUACCUGUUGAAGAUCACCGGCAAAGUGGCCGAGCGUCCGCAGCACAUGCUCAUGAGAGUGUCUGUCGGCAUCCACAAAACAGAUAUCGAUGCAGCCAUUGAGACCUACAACCUUCUGUCAGAGAAGUGGUUCACCCACGCUUCUCCUACACUCUUCAACGCAGGAACCAACAGGCCACAGCUGUCUAGCUGCUUCCUGCUUGCCAUGAAGGAUGACAGCAUUGAAGGUAUUUAUGACACGCUGAAGCAUUGUGCCCUCAUCUCCAAAUCGGCUGGAGGAAUCGGUGUGGCGGUCAGCUGCAUCAGAUCAACGGGGAGCUACAUCGCUGGCACAAACGGCAACUCUAAUGGUCUGGUCCCCAUGCUGAGAGUUUACAACAACACGGCGCGUUAUGUCGACCAGGGCGGCAACAAGAGACCGGGAGCCUUCGCCAUGUACCUGGAGCCAUGGCACUUUGACGUGUUUGACUUCCUGGAGCUGAAGAAGAACACGGGUAAGGAUGAGCAAAGGGCCAGAGAUCUUUUCUAUGCCCUGUGGAUCCCUGACUUGUUCAUGAAGAGAGUGGAGAGCAACCAAGACUGGUCUCUGAUGUGUCCGAACGAGUGCCCCGGGUUGGACGAGUGCUGGGGGGAGGAGUUUGAGCAGCUCUACACCAAAUAUGAGAAGGAGGGGAGGGUCAAGCGAGUGGUGAAGGCUCAGCAGGUGUGGUAUGCCAUUAUUGAAUCCCAGACAGAAACCGGUACACCGUACAUGCUGUACAAAGACGCCUGCAACAGGAAGAGCAACCAGCAGAAUCUGGGCACCAUCAAAUGCAGCAACCUCUGCACAGAAAUUGUUGAAUACACCAGCCAUGAUGAGGUGGCGGUGUGUAAUCUGGCCUCCAUCGCUCUCAACAUGUACGUCACCCCUGAGCGGACCUUUGACUUUAAAAAACUGUCACAUGUGACCAAAGUAAUCGUCAAGAACCUGAACAAGAUCAUAGACAUUAACUACUAUCCAGUGGUUGAAGCCGAGAGGUCCAACAAGCGCCACCGGCCAAUAGGAAUCGGUGUUCAGGGUUUGGCUGAUGCCUUCAUCCUGAUGCGUCACCCCUUUGAAAGCCCCGAGGCUCAGCUGCUGAACAUCCACAUCUUUGAGACCAUCUACUACGCCGCCCUGGAGGCGAGCUGCGAGCUGGCCGCCGAGCUCGGCCCCUACGAGACGUAUGAAGGCUCUCCUGUCAGCAAGGGCACCCUCCAGUACGACAUGUGGGAGAAGACGCCCACUGACCUGUGCGACUGGAAGCUGCUGAAGGAGAAGAUCGCCAAGCACGGCGUGAGGAACAGCCUGCUGCUGGCCCCGAUGCCCACCGCCUCCACCGCCCAGAUCCUGGGCAACAACGAGUCUAUUGAGGCCUACACGAGCAACAUCUACACCCGCAGGGUCCUCUCCGGAGAGUUUCAGAUCGUCAAUCCUCAUCUGCUCAAGGACCUGACGGAGAGAGGACUGUGGAACGAGGAGAUGAAGAACCAGCUGAUAGCUCACAAUGGAUCCAUUCAGGACAUUGGUGAGAUUCCAGAUGAUCUGAAGCAGCUGUAUAAAACGGUGUGGGAAAUCUCCCAGAAGACCAUACUGAAGAUGGCCGCCGACCGUGGCGCCUACAUCGACCAGAGCCAGUCCCUGAACAUCCACAUCGCAGAGCCAAACUACGGCAAACUGACCAGCAUGCACUUCUACGGCUGGAAACAAGGUCUGAAGACAGGAAUGUACUACCUGAGGACAAAGCCCGCCGCCAACCCCAUCCAGUUCACCCUCAACAAGGAGAAGCUGAAGGAGCCGCAGCCGGACAAGACCUCAGAGCAGGAGAUCAAAGACCGUAACACAGCAGCCAUGGUUUGCUCUCUGGAGAACAGAGACGAGUGCCUCAUGUGCGGAUCUUAAACGGUUAUUCCCUCCACUAAUUUCACUCUUACCCCGACUCUAACCUGCUAAAGCUUGAGGUUCUGUUAAAUGCACCUGUUCUGACUUGAUACUGAAGCUUUGGGUGAUGCGCCUGAUCUUAUACAAGUGCUUCCAUAACAAUUCAGGCUCCAGCAUUCUUCUUAAGUCAUUUUUGAAAGCACUGCCGGGAGCUUGUCACAAUAUAUGGAAUAAAUUUUUAUUAAAUGUUACAUCAACUCACAGCUGUCAAUAGAAGUCACAAAGUACUCGCAACACAACAUGUUUUUUUAUGAUGGAAAUAAAGAUGCUUUGUAAUAGAAAAUAAAAUGUUUUAUAUGCAAGUUGUUGUCAUUGUUUGUGGGACGCCGGGGACGUGAUGCAGGGCUACAACUAGGGCCGAACGAUAUGCAAAAAAAAAAAAAAAAAAUCAUUCAUAUAUUAAUCAUACGAGUCACGAUUUCAGUUGGAAGUGUUGUUUUUGCAUUUCACAGAAAAAAAUUAUACAAAUUAUUAUUUGUACCAAACAAGCAUGUUCAUGUCUGUAGAACAGGAUCUGUAGGCCGGACGUCUCGAACACCACUGAUUCAUUUAUGGUGCGACACAUUUGACCUUUAAUCAAAAUAUUGCGGCUCCUCCGAUUUCAAUAUCCUACUUGGCCAUUUUGGCAAUUUCGAUUUUUCAGCCCUAGCUACAACUAAUCAAGAUCUUUACCAUCAAUAAAAUGAUUAAUUGUUUGAGCUGUUUCACAUCAACUCAAGGUGUAAAAUGUCCAACACUUGAAAUAUUCAGUUUGCUGUAAUGCAAGACCAAGAGAAGCAGCAGAUGUUGCAGAUGUUCGGGGUUUCUUGUUUGGAAAAAUGACUCAAAUAUUGUCCAUUAAAUCUAUUUUUUAUACAAAAUGUUGAUUCAAAUAGUUGCCAAUUAUGUCAGUUAGCUUUUUUUAAAGUAAAAUCUGCUCUAGAUUGAUCAGUUCAGACAUUAUCAAUUAAAAGUGCAAAUGAUUCUGGUUCCAGCCUCUCAAAUGUGAGGAUUUGGGGUUUUGAACUUUUGGUCAAAGAAAUCAAACAAUUUGAAGAUGUGACAUUGGGCUCUAGGUGUUACGUGUAUUUACUUCAUAUGUAAAAAUAAUGAAUAACAUUAAUUACAGUCAGUUUACUAUCGCUUUUGUAACCUGGGAAAAAGUCUCUUUAUUUAAAGAAUGAAAAUCAGCAAAUGUUCUGAUAGUUAUUUUUUUAAUAUAUUUUUUAUAAAAUAAUGAAAACAUAAUUUACACUUUAAAAUGUACAAGUUAUUAUUACAACCCAAAGAAAACUGUUCAACGAAACAUUUCUGUCUGCGUGUCAUGUACCUCUGCCACAUGCAGAACGCACCGAUGAGCAGAGCGGAAAAGACGACGCCAGAAAAUAGAAAAAAAAAACAAAGGAAUCAUACAAAUCAAUUUUGUACACAGAUCAGAAAUAAAACAGCAUACACAAAUAAAAACACAGUACCCUCUCAUCUUCACUAUUGUCUGCAACAGUGGCCAAUGUUAAAAAAUAAAUUAUCAAAAUAUUUAACAUCUAAAAACAAACCUAGUUAUACAAUAUUACCAUAACUUUAAUAAUGAUUUAUUGAUUUGUUCAACAGGGAUCGUUGUGUAUGCUAUAAAUAGCUUAAAAUUAUACAUAACAUGGACAAAAUUUAUAUAUAUAUAUAUAUAUAUAUAUA